AUUCCGUAGUAAUUUUACGUCACCGCUGUGUUACCGGGGCAGCAGGAAGCUUAAAAUGUUCACUGUUUAAUUUUCAGCAACUUCAGGUUCAGAAACACUGUCUGCAUUUUGGAUGAUUUUUGUUCAUGCUUAUUAUUCUCUCAUUGACCAUUUAUCGGUAACUGAAAAAUGUAGCAAAUACUUUAACUAGCCAAUUGAGACAAGUUCGUUUAAAUUUAUGAGCAAGUGUUCUGGAGGAAGAAAACAAAACAAAAACAAAACACGACUGGAAUCUGAUUCAAGAAACGCCUUGCUUGAGAGUUUUCCUUUUUGCAGAUUAAAACGCAGUGCUAUACGUUUUCUGCGAAUAUACUAUACGCACUGAAUGAACUGUGGCCACAAUAUUAUAAAAUAGCCUGGACUGUCAUCUACACGCACAGCGAAGAAAAAAAGGACUGAGUAAAAUUCCAAUUGAAUAAAAAACAAAACAACUAACCCCUCUACAAGAAGAUAUAUUCAGCCAGGUUUCGGAUAGUGCUUAGAGUGACCGGCAAAGCUCUAUGUUCCUCUGAGUUUAAGUUUUCACCAUCCAAGCUGACGAUGAGGUAAACAGACAGCCCUUGUUUUAUCCCCUGCUGUGUUGGCACUGAACUCUGCUGGAAAAAAGGGACGUGAAGGACUACUGUGCUGGAUAUCCUGGGGAUGGACGGCUGGUGGAGGGUUGAAUAACUCAAUUCUCUUGGAAUGGGCACAGCCUCCUCCCUGGUGAGCCCCGGGGAGGUAAUUGAGGACGCGUAUGGUGGCGGGGGUGGGGAGGCCUGUGAGAUUCCUGUGGAGGUGAAGCCCAAAGCCCGGCUCCUGCGCAGCUCAUUCCGCCGUGGCCCACGGGUCAUUGGUGCCAGCUUCAAGUCCACAGCUUCUGUGGAUCUUGAAUAUGCUGCAGAGUACGAUAGGCUGAAAAAAGACUAUGAUAUCUUUCGGGUCAGCAAGAACAACGAGAUUGCCUCAAUGCAGAAGAAGGAAGCCAAGUUGGACAAGGAGAACAAAAGACUGAGAGCAGAACUUCAGGCUCUGCAGAAAACAUACCAGAAGAUACUACGAGAGAAAGAGAGUGCAUUAGAAGCUAAAUACCAGGCAAUGGAAAGGGCUGCUACCUUUGAGCAUGACAGAGACAGAGUAAAGCGUCAGUUUAAAAUUUUUAGAGAAACAAAGGAGAAGGAGAUCCAGGACUUGCUAAGAGCCAAACGGGAUCUAGAGACCAAGCUCCAAAGACUUCAGGCUCAGGGAAUCCAAGUGUACGACCCAGCUGACUCGGAUUCAGAUGACAACCGGACUGAUAUGACCACCACAGGCACUCACUGUGAAUACUGGAGUGGUGGUGUUCUGGGGAGUGAGCCCUCUAUGGGCAGCAUGAUGCAACUUCAGCAGACCUUUAGAGGACCUGAGUUUGCACACAGCUUGAUUGAUGUGGAAGGUCCUUUUGCUAAUGUGAACAGAGAUGACUGGGAUGCAGCUGUCGCCAGUUUGCUGCAAGUCUCCCCGCUGGUUUCCCAGUCCCUUUGGAGUAAUACAGUGCGUUGUUACCUUAUGUACUCACCUGAAACGCAAGCUGAGGUGGAUGUAUUUCUGAAGGAAACUCACAAACUGCAAAAGUUUUGUGAGGGACUGGGGCACUUUUAUCUAAAUAUCUACUUUCCUGAAGACAGUGCCAGCUGCUACUCUUCAGAACGGAAGGAGGAAAUUGAGAAAAGCUCUGUCUGCGUUUUAUUUCUAAAGUCUUUUAUUUCUCGCUCGGUAUUGGAAGACUGUGAAGAAGCCUUCUUUAAAAAUCCAGAAGCAAGGCUGUUCCUGAUUUACCACAGGACUGUGGACCGCGAGCCUCCUUCAGCCCUGGCAAGAGAAUUUAUUGAAAAGGUCACAAAGGCAGAUAAAGCAAACAAGGCAAAAGUAAUAGAUCACUGCGGGGAUCCAGAGGAGGGAGCAUAUAAAACUUUUACACAGCUGGAGAAAAUCAUUAAACAGGAAUUGUUUGGAUAUGAGAACUUAGACUUUGAGAACAAGGAUUCUGGGAUUGAGGAUGACCCCAGCAGUCAUGAGGAGGAGGACUUUGGAGAUGUCCUGUGGGAUAUGCACGAUGAGCAGGAGCAAAUAGAAGCUUUUCAGCAAGCAUCAAAGUCUACCUGUCAGCUAGGAUUCGAAAAGUACAUUGAACGACUGAAUGACAUGGUGGCUGCCCCACCACCCAUCCCUCCUCUUCUUGUGUCAGGGGGACCAGGCUCUGGCAAAUCUCUUCUUUUAUCAAAAUGGAUUGAACUUCAGCAGAAGCGCUCGCCAAACACGCUGAUCCUGUACCAUUUUGUUGGAAGACCCUUGUCUACCAGUUCAGAGCCUGUAUUAAUUAUUAAACGGCUUACUGUAAAGCUACUUCAGCAUUCCUGGUCAAUAUCUGCCUUGUCAAUGGACCCCCUAAAGAUACUGGAGGAAUUUCCACGGUGGUUGGAGAGACUGUCUGCCCGUCACCAAGGCAACAUCAUUAUCAUUAUAGAUUCCAUUGACCAGAUACAGCAAGCUGAAAGACACAUGAAGUGGCUAAUUGACCCACUGCCUGUCAAUGUCAGGGUGAUUGUUUCUGUAAAUGUGGAGACCUGCCCACAGGCUUGGAGGUUAUGGCCAACACUCCACCUUGAUCCACUUAGCCCAAAGGAUGUGAAAUCUGUUAUCAAUGCUGAAUGCCUAAGUGCCGAAAUCAAACUAACCAAAGAGCAGGAAAAGAAACUGGAAAGACAUUGUCGAUCUGCAACAACGUGCAAUGCCUUGUAUGUGACUCUGCUGGCCAAAAUGAUUACCGGCAUCAAAACAGCAUGGGAUAUUGAUAGAAUUAUCCAGCUGUGUUUCCAAUGCCAAGACACAGUCUCUCUCUACAGGCUGGUACUGAGAGCUGUGCAGGAGACCCUGACUGCAGAGAGGGACAAGGAACUGAUGAAAGAGAUUGUUUGUCUGGUCUGUGCAAGCCACAAUGGUGUGAGUGAAUCCGAGCUUUUGGAGAUGCAUCCUGACCUGACCUCGCCAGUGCUGGCUUCCCUUCUGCACAAACUGCAAAGUAUGUGCAUGAUAACGUAUGGUUGUGGAAUUAUCAAGUUUCAGCAUCUACAGGCUUGGGAAGCUGUGAGACUUGAGUACAUGGAUGAAGAACAACAUUCUACUUCAAUGUACAGAGAGAAGUUAAUAAAGUACUUUAGCCAGCAGUUAAGCCAGGACCGGGUGACUUGGAGGGGUGCGGAUGAACUCCCCUGGCUGUUCCAGCAACAGGAAGAGAAACAGAAACUGCACAGGAGUCUGCUUAACCUGUUUGUUUCACAGAAUCUUUAUAAAAGGGGUCAUUUUUCAGAACUACUGAGUUACUGGCAGUUUGUCGGGAAAGAUAAAAGUUCCAUGGCAGCAGAGUAUUUUGACUCUCUAAAGCACUAUGAAAAAAACUGUGAGGGAGAAGACAGCAUGACACGCUUGGCUGAUUUAUAUGAAACUCUAGGACGAUUCCUGAAGGACCUAGGUCUCCUCAGUCAGGCUGUGGCCCCCCUGCAGCGUUCGCUAGAGAUUCGAGAGACCGCACUGGAUCCAGACCACCCCAGUGUGGCUCAUUCUUUGCACCAGCUGGCUGGGGUUUAUGUGCAGUGGAAAAAGUUUGGAAAUGCAGAGCAGCUGUACAAGCAAGCUCUGGAAAUCAGUGAUAAUGCAUUUGGGUCAGAUCACACCAGAGUGGCUCGUGAACUGGAUUCACUCGCAAUGCUUUACCAGAAACAGAACAAGUAUGAACAAGCUGACAAAUUGAGAAAAAGGUCCUUAAAGAUAAGACAGAAGUCAGCACGUCAGAAGGGAAACAUGUAUGGUUUCACUCUCCUGCGGCGCCGUGCCCUGCAGCUGGAGGAGCUCACAUUGGGCAAUGACACUGCUGACAACGCCAAAACACUCAAUGAGCUUGGAGUUCUCUACUACUUGCAGAACAACCUUGAAACUGCCAAAAUGUUUCUGACCCGGUCCCUGGAGAUGAGGCAGCGAGUGCUUGGGCCGGAUCAUCCGGACUGCGCUCAAUCUCUGAAUAACCUGGCUGCUAUUUACAAUGAGAAGAAAGAGAAUGAGAAGGCAGAGGAGCUGUACGAGAGUGCCCUGGACAUCAGGAGGAGAGCGCUCUCGCCUGAUCAUCCCUCCCUGGCAUACACCAUCAAACACCUUGCAGUGCUCUACAAGAGGAGGGGGAAACUGGACAAGGCUGUUCCUCUGUAUGAACUGACAGUUGAAAUUCGGCAGAAGUCUUUUGGGCCUCAACACCCAAGUGUGGCCACAGCUUUAGUAAACCUGGCUGUACUAUACUGUCAGGUGAAAAAGCAUAAAGAAGCCCUGCCCCUGUAUGAGCGAGCUCUGAAGGUCUAUGAGGACAGCCUGGGUCGCAGUCAUCCCAGAGUGGGAGAGACGCUCAAGAAUCUAGCUGUGUUGAGUUACGAAGAGGGCGAUUUUGAAAAAGCUGCUGAACUGUAUAAAAGAGCCAUGGAAAUUAAAGAAGCAGAGCCGUCGCUGGUUUGUGGAAAAGCUCCUUCCAGACACUCAAGUGCAGACACCAUCAGCCUAAGAAAUGCUCUUCAUCCCAAUGUGCAUAUAGAUGUUGGACACAGGUGACCUUAAUUACAGUAACACACCAUAUAAUCCUCUUGGUGUGUUUCUACUGUGGCUGAAACACUGAACUUUUUAAAUUACAGAGCUGAAAAUAUUUGGUAGCUCACUGGAUGCCCAUGACCAAUUUUGGUAAUUUGUAAAUUUUUGUUAAGAACAGUGUUGAUUUAUACAAAACCAUGUCACAUUUAGCUCUUAAAAUACUCACCAAAGACAGCUGUUUCAAUAAAUGCAUUCAUCAUUACUACACUGUUAUUUUUAUGUUAUUUUAGUCUACUUGAUUGGACUAAAGUUAGUACAACUGCUAAUACCGAUUGCAGCGUACCAGAAGUUAAUCAUCACAGGUAGAUCAUCUGCUAAAUCAGACUAAACAAGAUCCUGAUUGCAGUGUACCAAAUCAGAUUCAUGAUGAUCCUGUUCAAGUGGAUUAACUUAGUACUGUGAAGGAUAAGACACACUUAGUAUGCUUGCUUGUCCGAUGCAUUUAACAAUUAAAACAUUGAAGAGCAGCUGCAUGUUUCCCCUAAAAUGACUAGUACAUCUUAACUGUAUUCUGUACGUUUGUAUGUCACAUUCGGGUAGUCCGAUCUGUGAGAAACGUAUUGCACAAUAAGGUAAUGUUAUAUAUAUAUCUAUCUAUCUGUCGUUAUCUAUCUGUCCUACAUUUUAAAAAUACACUUUUUAUACCGUUUUCAGUUUUUAUUAUUAUUAAUUUAUUUGGCAGAUGCCUUAAUCCACAGCGACUUAUAGGUGGUACAGGGUAGUACAAGGUUACAAUGCAAGUUAAUAUGUUUUAACUUUAAAAAACGAAUUGUCCAUGAUCACGCAGUUAAACUGUUCUGUGCUAUGCAGCAAUGUCGGCAGCUUAAAAUGAUCUGCCAGUUUAAAAAUGUGCACAAAAAGACAAACUAGAAUCAUCCAUACUGAAAAUUGAAUUAGAUUUAUUUUUACUUAAAUAUGUUUAUGUGAAUCGCACUGAUGUAAUAAAAAUGUCUUUCUUUUUG